AUGCAUUCGAGGGUCCCCUCUUUCGAGCCACCUACCCUACCGUUCCGCACCCCAGUCAAACGCGCCCAAAAAGAAUUUCCACAGCCAGACCCAAAUCUGGUUCUGCGGCAACGUUUGCGCGAGAUGGCGCUGAAAGAUUUGCGUUCUGGAGCUACUCCUUUCCCUAUCCGUCCUCCUGCCCCGCCCAGGAACCAGUUGCACAAAAUGCCUAGCACUGUGACAAAAGAUCCCUUGGAUGAAGAGCCCCAAUUACCGAAUGUGCCUGGUGCCUGGCGUUGA